UUUAGGUUUGCCAGGUAUAAAGGGUUUAAAUAAUCAGGGAAAAUACCAGCUAAAUCCAGUGAAAACAACAUAUUAGUUGUAAAGAUUACAAGCUGAAAUGCAUUAAUGAUGAGAGCAGAAGUUUGCAGACUUGGGAUCAAGGUGAAAAGGGAUAGUCCCACUUCCUUUUUGGGUUGUAUAAAACAACAGCCAGGUUCAGACUCCAAAACAGACUUUUGAGAGAACCGCUUUAGGACGUUUAGUGCCAAAAUACAGGUUUUAAGCUUUUCUGUGACUCAGAUCUGAGCCAUGCUUUGUGAAGGCAGGUUGCUGAUCAUGACCUACUGUGAAUUUGAAGAGCUGGACUCCCUUCCUUCUAAGCCAGCUUUCCAGAAUUCUUAUGGGUCACAGAAAGCAGCUGCUGCCCUCAUACCAGGUUCCACCAGACAUGCUCCGCUUGUUCAUCACAAUUCCCCGGAGCAGAUAACUACAGACAACCGAAGGGCUUCAGCUGAGUUGUACAUUUCUCCUUUGCAGUCCUUAAAUCUUCAGAGAGCUCAUCUAGGCAGGCAGAUCUCUCGAGAGAUAGAGAUCCCGGCCCAAGCUCACUCAGGUGGCGAUACCCCUUUCUUGGUUCCCUCGUUCUGUCAGAGCUUUUGCAAAAACUACAGUGACCUUCAUAUUGCAGGUGACCAGGUGCUGCCUCUCUCAGCUAAUAAUUGCGAGCUGAGGGUUUGUGCCAAUGUACCGGAUGUCGGUCCCUUUAUCCAGUCUUGUGAUGUGCCCCCAGCUGUGGAAGAUUCCCUCCAAGGACACGAAGCUCGGGAUGGGAUGCUGUUUCCACUGAGGGGAGGUUCGAAUCGGUGGAGACUGGGGAGCGGCCGUGAUCGGAGCUUUUUGCUCCAGGGGCAUGAAGGUCCAUUUUCCAACUCCCUUCUGAAUCACUACCUGGAGCAAAAACUCCUGGAUCUGUAUCAGCAAUACAUGAUGGAGAAUAUGGCAAGAGAAGGAGCCCCUGGUUCAGACUCUGACGCAAGUGCCAUUUGCCCUUUACUGGGCUCAGAGCUGGUCCUCACCAGCCUGGACCAAAUCACUUUGCAGCUCAGCCGGGAGGGCAACAUGGAGGCCGGCUUGGCCAAGGACAUGGUCCUGAGCUGCUUCCUGCGAGUCGCUGGUGAUAUGCAGUCAAGUGAGAUCAGUACUCCCUUUCUGCAGAUUUCUAAUGAGGCAUCCAGGGAGCAACUCACAGAGAGUAAUGAGUGACCCCACUGUCAAGGAACUCCUUCAUUCAAUACUGCCUUUCAUUUCAGUACAACACCGAAAAAACCCAGGAUUGGACUGAUGACCACAUUUUUAUUUUAUUAGCUCUUGAGAAGAUGUUAAAUGAGAGUUCUACGUGGGAUUAUGCAGUAAUUACCUGGAAAAUGUGCCGUAUUUAUGCAUCCUAAAUUGAAUUUGCAGUGAUGACACUGGGAUCUGUGUUUACCUGUCUUUAGUGCAGCUUUAACUUUCUAAAGAAAAUAAAAACAGGAACUGAAAACUGAAACCGCUGCUUCCCGUUUUUCAAAAGAACAUCGAUGGUCUAGCAGAACAACAUGAAAUCAAAAACAGCAUGCUGCCUCAUUAUGUAUUAUGUGCAGCCACAUCUAAGAUCAUUUUGCAUGCUUAAUGAUCACUGAUUAAUUAGAUUUGACUCUUUUUUUUUCACGAAGGAAACAAGGCUGUUUAUGAUCAAACUAGGAGGGAAGACACUGAAUUUGCAACAAAUAUCCAAAAGUGCAGCCUUGAAAUGCCCUUCGAUCAACACGCUGUCAUUCUAGGCUUCACACAGCGACUUCAUCGGCUCUGUUACCUAAAAAUGUAGCUGUAACCAAGUGCUGCAUUUGUUACCCCAGUCUCCCCAUCAGGACUGCAGAUGUAAAGAAUUUGAUUUCAUGAUGUCUGAGCAGCACAUGAAAAGAGAAUACAUGCUUUAACGAAACAGAUUUUCUAUUAAUUCAAAAAUCAUCAUCCAGGAGUGUAAUUGCUCCUUAAGAAUGAAAAGAAAACUCCACGAGCUGACUAUUUCCCCCUCCUCCACUCUUCCUUGAACUCAGCUGUAUGAUGAGGACAAAGAUGAAUCAAGACUGCUGAAAAUCAUUGAAAGAAAACAAAGGCACUUUUGUACAUCUCAUGUCAUUUAUUCUCUUGUCUUGCAGAUCACCUUUCCCCUUACUGACUCAUCCACAGAUUAAUAUCCCACCCUUGAUGAAAUUACUUAUAUUAUAAUGUGACUUAUGAAUGCUCCCUCUCUCUCUAUGUGUCAUUUUAUGUGUUAUGUAGCCAAUUAGAAACAUUUAACAACCCCUAAGAACUCUAAUUAGUUUAUAUAAUUGUCCUUUUGAUCGUCUGACUCUCUGAUGUUAGCAUGAAAUACUAUAGAUCAUGGUUUUGGAGGCUACUCUGAAAUCCAUUUAAAUGAUGACUUUAGGGGGGUCGGAUUCUUGCCUCCUUAAGUAAUUAGCGCGAGAGGAUCCCUUUAAAAAUCAGUCACCUGAAGCACGAUUCGGAGUUCCUCUGUGAGCUGUAGAAAAAGGCUCUGACCGUCUAACUGCCCGCUGUUCUGACCUACUCCCACAAACCUUUCUGAUCUUCUGCAAACCCAUUCACAGCCAGACCCAGCGCUUCAUCCUCCAUCCCCGCCGCACUGCCGUUUACUGAUAACCUGUUGUUUAACCUCGGACUUCUCUUCACCUGCUCAAAUAGAUGUUAUCCAGUAUCCUCGGUUACUGGCUUCUUUCAGGAAAAAGUUGUUUACAUCUCUGAGAAAUCAUACUUGGAUUUUUUUAUAGCUCAGUCCUUUAGGUCAUUCCUCUUUUAUCAUGUUUCCACGCCUCAGUGUCUUUCGCUUAUUAUGUUUUAUUUUAAAUGAGCUGUUAUUGUAGCUGAAUGUAGUUAUAGUUUCUCAUCUUGUUGCGGCUCAUCACUCCUUGCCAGUGCACGGUGGAAUCAUAAGUAAUCGUCCGCUGAGAGCCUACAGGUGGGAGCUGGGGUGUUAACAGUAGGUUUGAUUUGUUGGAGGGAGAGAUUGGAAAAUGGGAGAGUUUGUUUGGAAUAUGAUGUGAGGAGAGUGACACAUGUUGGCGUAUGUAUGCAGUUCAGCUCGAGCUGACUUGAAUUAACUCACGGGUUUGGCUCCAUUUGUGCUGUUUUUGAGUUACUGCUACUCUUUUGUUCACUUCUCAGUCUUUGAGUUGAAUAGUUUGCUGUCUUAUUAAUGGAUAACUUUUCCCUAAACUUACUUCUGAAACUCUCCUUGAGAGAAAAUCUGAGAAGAACGAGAGUCAUAAAGCGCUGAUAAUCUUAUCUAACUGUCUGGCUGAAUCAAUGGUAGAGCAAGGUUGUGUAGGAGCUUUACAUAUUUAUUUCUAAAGCUUCUUUAAUUCAGGGUGGUUUAAUAAAGUCAUGAUGUGAGGUUAAAGUUCCCCUUGACUUAAAUCUGUGCCCAUGUAUUUUACUCAGAUGUGCUUUUUUGCUCAUUUUUAUUCCUUUAACUUUCACACUUUGCUGGGUGAAAGUCAGUAAGCGUUCAAAAAUUGAUAUCUGGUGUAAGAAAUUGUUGCCCUUAAAAAGCAACAGUUCUUUGAGGUGGACAUUGAAAGAACUGGAUAAUUGGCAGGUAGGUUGUUCUCUUCACCUUGGGGUACUUGUACACAGUUUUUGUCGAUAUCUGCCCUCAUGUAAUCCCAGACUAAGUGAUGAUCACGACGCUAUGAGGGGCAUAUUCUUCUGUCAGGGGCACAUCCUUCUUUGGAGGGGUACUCGAGCCUGUGAGGGUUUAGCUGAGGGUUUGUUUUUUUUUAUAUGGCUGUAACUGUAUUUUUUUUUGGAGUUGUUGUCAUGUUGCAGAAAGAACUUGAAGGCUUUUUGGACAUUUAUCUGUUUGCUCAACUUAAAAUGAUGUUUGAAACCACACAUGGGAAUGCUUAUGAUCACAUUUAAUUUGAAAACCAAAUGUUAUCAAGUAUUAAUUUCUUGUGCACUAUUCAUAUAAUGUGAAUUUCUGCAUGUUUGGAGUAUCGGGUGUUUUCCAUGCAUCUAAGCAGUAUAUUUCAAAGCCCAGGACAAUUGUUUAAAUUCUGAAAUUAAACAAAUUGGGUUUCAUGAUAUAGCUCCAGGCAUUCAAAUCUUUAUUUAUUCUCUUACAAAAAAAGAGCUUCACUGAUUUUCUUGUAAGUCUUGCAGUUUGAUAAUCAGUCACAAGGGGGAAGCAUUGCCACCUAACUUAAUCCUCAUGGCUUUGCCCCUCUAUACCUUUUAUUCCCCCUUUUCACCUCCUCCUUACAGUCAGUGUCUAUCCAGCCAGUUAAUGUCCUCUAUCUUGUGCACCCUUUUACUCUGACUCUAUGAUGUCAUCAGGACUGGGGUGUAAAUCUGUUCAGAUAAGGAUAAGCAUAUCUACACCACAAGAUUUAGUUUUGGAAAAUAUUGCACAUGUAUAAUUUUUAGCAGGGCUGGACAAUGUUUUUGCACAUUCUUUUCACCCUUUUUUUCUCCACUUUCAAAGACCAGCGGCUCCAGUGUAGCCAUGGCCUUCUGAUCCAGUGUUUGAUCAACUUCCUUGUUUCCUUUCCAAACAGAAAGCCACAGGAGGAAAAUGUGUUUACCGAGCUGAGUGCCGCAGUCGGAGCCCUGUGAAGUCUCAAGGCCAGAGAGACACAUGUUUGGUAUUUCUGCUUCUAUCUGGACUGAACAUUCCAGGUACAUGUUAAAGGAACAAAGUUCUUACAGACCUAAACACAAACGCUCACAUAUAAAUAUGAUUCACCCAAUGCCAAGCCCGGCAGCGUGAGCAUUCAAAUAAACUAAUUUCCACAGACCUUGGAGGAAAAAAAAGAAGAAAAACAGACCUGUUGUUCCAGCAGAGGUUAUAAGAAUUGUUUGAAGGGCUGAAGGUAACACCACAUAAAGCAAUAUCUCACAGUCUGUUUACCUAGAGACCCUCAAAUUCACCGUUCACACAAAUUAUGCACGCUAUUUACAUUUUCUUCUCAGCAGAUUUAUAAUUUACAGAUUUUAUUUUACUCGUUUGGUUUCAAAUGCUUUACAAGUAGAAGGACAAAGAGUUCAAAAAAAUUGCUAUGGGGAGUUUUUUUUUUCUUUAAGGGAAGGAAUGGUUUUUGGAGAAAACAUGAAUAAAGAAGACAGACAGAGAGUGGUGAAAACACACACACACAUGCACGCACAUGCACUUCUCUCAUGGCCUAGCAAUGAAACUAACGGGGAGGUUGAAGUGUUGGAGUGUCUUUCAGAGGUUCAUAAAGUAAUUUCCUCGUCACAAAGAGCUUUUAACAUGGAGGGCAGUGGAGGCAAGGCCAUGGGAUUUUAUAUCAAAACCAAGGUCCCGGAUACACUCUCACUAUUGUGGCUUUAAUGCCUUUCGCACUCUGUGGCUUCCCUUUAUUUAAAAAGCUUUUACUAUGCGGCUUUGUUAAUUGGAACAGCCACGUAUGUUUACAUUUCUUUUUGUGACUUUUCAUAAUUUGUUAGCGCCUACUAAAAGUCAAGAUCUUUUGGGUUCUUCAAAGAUUUACACACAGACUCACACGCAUGCAGGAAAACACGUAAACGCACACACAAGUGGAAGCAUUUCAGACUACAGCUGGUGUAUUGAAGCACUUAAUUCGAUUAACAUUUGUUGAGAAGCUCAACUUCGCUUGAGCGAUUGCCUUUUUUUUUUCUUAGAUUAUAUUCAGUGGAUUGACCUAAUGAACAAGAGGCAGCAUGCAGGAACAUUAAAUGGCAGCCCUGCUCUGUAACUGUCUGAUUGACACUGGGAGAUAUACGUGGUGGAACGGGAGAACACACAUUUCCUGGUCGGUUAGCUGCUCAAGGCUGCAGAGAGCCCGCAGUGAAGCGGGUGACCUUGGUUAAGCUGGAGCAGACAGAGAGCGACCUUGAGAGACAGCGGUGCAGCAGGAUCUGGCUCUCAAAGAGCUGGAAAACAUAAUGCGUUCAUGUUUGAGUAUAUAUCACAGAACUCAGAAUGUGGACAGCAUGUGGCUCUGAAAACAGAUUUUCCCCCACACGCUGUCCUUUACUGGAUAGCUUAUUAUGUAUUUCUGAUUUCCGAGACAUAACAUUCAUUUGUGGACCCGAUCCUUGUUUUUCAUCUUUAGAUUCCUCAAUUUCACAGAUAGAGUAGCUUCAAAGUGUUUUUGGAGGUUCUUUUUUUCUUCUCCACUCGUCAAAGCACUACUGUGUUCUCAUGUGUUUGUCUUUGAUUACGACUUUGAUCACUGUCAGUGACAGCACGCGCACACACUGACCUGUCCAUCUGGAGAUUUUGAUGAACAUUUUCUUUCACCCCUUCUUAUAUCAUCUCUGUUGUUAUCAGUUUGUGCAUCCUUUGUGUACUUGUUUGACAGAUGGUUUAGCUUACAGAGCAAAAAAUCAACAGUGUCUUUUUAUUAUCUAUCCUUCCACACAAGUCCAGUAACAUUUGACUUUAAUGAAAUGGGGAAAAAAGUAUACAUAAUUUCACUUUUUGGUUUGUAAAGAGGCUACAAACAAUAGGUUCUCAAACUGGCAUGUAAAAUAAUGCAUAAGACACACGGAAAGAAAUACAAAGUGCAUUUUUUAUUUGAAACUUGUACAUUUUUCAUGGACGGUAUUCUUUGAUUGAUUAAUGUAAAAAGUAACUAAAGCGAAACACAACCAAAAGUUUGACCAUUGUGCUGAAUAUUUACUUUCUGAGGGCAAACCCCGUCAGGCUACAUCAUGUGCAAAUAAAUACUGAAAUUUGCACAUAAACAAACCAUACAAAUCUCAUGCCCUAUCAUGUGUGUAACAGCUGCUAUACACACACCUGUGUCUUACUAUGCUAAUGCACAUGUUGGCAGACAAUACACAAUAUACAAGCAAUAUACAGAUAAUUAUGAAUAAGAUAAUGAAUACAGAGUGCAGCUGUGUGUGGCAGCUCACAUAGCAAACACUACACAACUUGUCAGACACUUUUUUUAGG